AUGACUUGGUAUGUUUGGAAUCUUGACAUGUUUCUGUUCGAGAUUAAUCUAUCUUUCUUCCCCAUGCCGCGACGAGGCCUCGCGAACCCUCAUGGGUUUGACCACUCCAGGAACCAUAAAGCCGGCGCCGCCCAGCUCAGAGGUAUUCUUCCGGCACAAGAAUUAGACGACGAAGGAUUCAAAGUUCUGCGCACCACUCUCAACGAGCUGCGACGCAAGCAUUUGGACGCCGGGAAAACGGGUUCGGCCCAGAGGGACAAGAUGGAGGCAGUUAUCCGGACGGUCAAGAAGGAUUUUCCUGGCAUUUUCUCUGGAGAGGAGAGGGAUAGACGUGCAUACUACAUUCUUCAAAUUCUCCUUGAGAGCCACAGAAAUGCUCGAUCUACCCAAAUCAGAAAGAACAAAGGACGUCGAACCAGUGGCAGGAAAAAAAAGGCGACGUCCAAGAAGUCUCAUUUCGUUAAAAAUGCCGUCGAAAAGGGUCGGAGCAGGGAUGAAAAGGAAAACACCCCAGAAGUCAGUGUCUUGAGUGCUUCGCUCCGCGAACCUGACGACUUAACACUUCCUUCCGAACAGGAGAACACAAACGAAAGAGAGCCAACGAGCCAAGAGCCUCAGAUGGACGAUGAAAGCUCUCAGAAGUCAACCACAUUGUCCGACAUGAAAGCAGCUAAUUUGUCGUCUCAGACGCACACCUCUCAAGCCUCCUUUUCGUUGCAAAGCACAUCCAAGUCGACGAGGGGUUUCUCAGCAAAGAUUGUCUCGGCCUCCCAAACCUCUGCUCGUAGUUCAGAAUCGACGGCCAUCACGGUGACAGGAACAACGCAGAUUCCAUCGGUGUUGGCCUUCCUUGAGGCAUGCAUUCCUUCUAUGGGUCAUCUUUUGGACCGCUUCACAGAAUUUGGAUGCGUCAACGAGGAGUUUUUGUUCGGCGCCUCUCGAUGGCCUGCCAACACUAUCCAAAAUUUCCUGGAGAGCCUGCCGCCUGGGCCUGAGGGCGAAAAGUUGACGAAGAUGGAGGUACUGGCUCUUCAAAUUCAUCUCAAGACGUAUUUCCAGUCUUGA